GGAACCCUCGUGUCACCCGCAGGCAGGCGCAUGUUCCCCACCUUCCAGGUGAAGAUAUUUGGGAUGGACCCUAUGGCUGACUACAUGCUCCUCAUGGAUUUCGUCCCCGUGGACGACAAGCGAUACCGGUACGCCUUCCACAGCUCCUCCUGGCUGGUGGCCGGCAAAGCCGAUCCUGCCACCCCCGGGAGGGUGCAUUACCACCCCGACUCCCCGGCGAAAGGGGCACAGUGGAUGAAGCAGAUCGUUUCCUUCGAUAAGCUCAAACUGACCAACAAUUUGCUGGAUGACAACGGGCAUAUCAUUUUGAACUCCAUGCACAGAUACCAGCCGCGUUUUCACGUGGUCUACGUGGACCCCCGGAAAGACAGCGAGAAAUACGCGGAGGAGAACUUCAAAACCUUCGUCUUCGAGGAGACGCGCUUCACGGCCGUGACCGCCUACCAGAACCACCGAAUCACGCAGCUGAAGAUUGCCAGCAACCCUUUCGCUAAGGGAUUCAGAGACUGUGACCCUGAGGACUGGCCCAGGAAUCACAGGCCAGGGGCCCUUCCUCUCAUGAGUGCUUUUGCCAGAUCCCGGAAUCCAGUCUCUUCCCCGGUGCACCAGAAUGGGACAGAGAAAG